AAAUUAAUAGAACAUUUUUUAAAGGAAAACUACAUUUUUACCCACAAUAUAAAUACGUUGAAACUGGAACAAAAGAAUGUGUUAAUCCUCAGAAUUAAAAGAAAAAAUCUGAUAUAAUGGAAUAUUGUCUUAAGCUUUAUGUGAAUUCUAGGCUUUCUGUCUGGAUGAAAAGAAAGACCCCAACUGGAAAGGUAGAUUAUACAUUAAGAAUGUAGUUCUUCAUCUGAGAUAUAAUCAUUGAAAGCUGUAUUAUGCCCCAUUUGAGGCAAUUUUGUAGAGGGCAUCAAAUGUGGCUUGCAGACAGACUGGAGAUGUGGCUUGGACUUGGACUUGGUCAUUGGCAAGGUACGCAUAUGGAUUCGUGACUUGCGCAUGGAUUAGAGUGACCAUUUGGCAUGUUUAUAACCAGUUCACCCGCAGCUCUGUGCGUGCGCUUCCGUUUUCCGGACCAGGUCCAAAAAACUGGAUGACAGGCGACAUAAAAAUAUAAAAAUGCGCAACACCUGCAAUUGGAGCAACAAUCGUGCAACAACCAGCAGAAUGUCAACUUCAAGUCUUGUGUGGCUGCUCCUCCUGCUCUGUCAUGGCAUCAAAGGCCAGCAGCUGGUCUACGCGCGUGGCCAGCGUUCGCUUUACGGACCACCGUCGUUGGACUGGAACACCAUCGGUAGCUUCAAUCCCAUCGGUCUGGGCCAUAUGACCAAGGAUGAGCUGUUGACGCUACUGGAGGCCUGGCAGGAUGCCGAUGAAGACACCAAGCCGCCUGCACCGGAGCCAGCUGAGCAUGCAGUACCAACGGCAGCGCCACCAGAGCGGCCACCAGCGCCACCACCACCACACCGUCCAGCGCCGCCGGCGCAUCCGGCACCAUUGCCUCCACGUCCUGCUCCGGCACCAGCACCGACACCAGCACCCGGAGCACCAGUUACCGUGCGUCUGCCAGCCUUUGUGCCCAUCCAGCUCUCGGCCAUGUUCACGCCACCUGCGCCAGCUGGUGGUGCACAGGGAGCAGCUGCUCCCGUGGACACUGGAAUUGCCCUUAACAUUGACAACGGUGCGGUUGGCCUUGACAUGGUUGCGCAAUCCAAUGAUAGGGCCUCGCCACGCCUAUUCCGCUUUAUGCAGCUGCCCAUGAUUGCCGCUCAGCCGCGGGCACGUUCCGCCCAGCCGCCAGUAGCGCGCAAUACCCUGGAAAGUGUCGACUCUGGCAUUGCGCCACUUGUGCAGGCCAAGGCGCUCAGUGCAAGUGACAGGCCUAAGGAUCUGCCCAUUGUAGCAGUGCGUCAAGCGCCUCCAGUUAGACCCAGAUUUGCGCUGCCACCCUUCAUAGCCAAUGCGCCCGGCCCACUGGAACUGGUGCCCUCCUCACAGAUCAUUGGCGAAUGGCGCGAGUAAACCAAAGUCCAUGAGGCUUCAACAUAUUUUAUUUUUUUUUUUUUGUUAUAUAUAGUCAUAAUGUACACACAAGAAAAGCCUGACGAUUAACAUUUUAAACAAUUUUCCUAU